AUGAAAAUUCCUGCGUUUCAAGGAAAAAGUGAUCCCGAAGCAUAUCUCGAGUGGGAAAAGAAUACGGAGUUGGUUUUCGACUGUCACAACUGCUCCGAAAUAAAGAAGGUAAAACUUGCUGCAAUCGAAUUUAUUGAUUAUGCUAUUGUGUGGUGGGACCAACUGCAAGGUCUCCAUCAAGGUAACCGGAGCGUUGAUGAGUAUUUUAAAGAGAUGGAGAUAGCUAUGAUAAGGGCCAAUGUGGAGGAGGAUCGGGAGGUGACAAUGGCCAGAUUUUUGAAUGGUUUAAACCGAGAGAUUGCUAACACAAUUAAAAUACACCAUUAUGUGGAAUUGGAGGAUUUGGUGCAUAUGGCAAUCAAAGUUGAGCGGCAACUCAAGAGGGGUGCGAGAUUAAGUGUUUCAAAUGUCAAGGAAGAGGACACAGCUAACCAAUGUCCAAAUAAGCGAGUUAUAGUGAUUCAGGAAAAUGGAGAAAUUGAGUCUGAAGAUGAAGAUGAUCUAGAUGACAUGCCACCAUUGAAGGACACCCCCAUAGGAGAUGAGGAGUUCGGGGCAGAUCAUGGUGAGAUGCUUGGGCUAGUCGCAUGUCGAGCCUUAAACUUGCAAGCUAAAGAAAAGGAAGAAGAAUUAGGGCUCACAACAUUUAAGCACCAUCGUUCUUACAAGCUACAAUGGUUGAAUAAUAGCGGUGAAGUGAAGGUUACAAAGCAGGUUGUUGUACCGUUUCGAAUUGGUAAGUAUGAGGAUGAAGUAUUGUGCGACGUGGAAUUCGAGGAUGUGUUUCUCGAGGAGGUACCGCAUGGUUUACCACCUAUCCGAGGGAUUGAACAUCAAAUCGACUUUGUUCCAGGUGCAUUAAUUCCAAACCGACCCGCAUAUAGGAGCAACCCGGAAGAGACGAAGGAGCUUCAAAGGCAAGUCGAAGAAUUGAUGGAGAAAGGGCACGUGAGAGAAAACAUGAGUCCUUGUGCAGUUCCGGUGAUUCUAGUGCCUAAGAAGGAUGAGACAUGGAGGAUGUGUGUUGAUUAUCGAGCCAUCAACAACAUAAUGGUAAAGUAUCAACACCCUAUCCAUCGCUUAGAUGAUAUGUUGGAUGAGCUACAUGGUUCUUGUGUGUUUUCUAAAAUCGAUCUUAAGAGUGAGUAUCAUCAAAUACGAAUGAAUGAAGGAGACGAAUGGAAGACAGCGUUUAAAACUAAAAAUGGGUUGUAUGAGUGGUUAGUCAUACCGUUUAGAUUAACUAAUGCACCUAGUACUUUCAUGCGCUUAAUGAAUCAUGUCUUGCGUGCUUUCAUUGGUUUUGUUGUGAGUGCUAAAGGAAUUGAGGUUGAUGAAGAGAAGAUCCAAGCCAUCCAAGAGUGGCCGACCCCCUCCAAUGUAGGUAAUGUGAUAAGUGCAUGA